AUGGAGUGGAGUCACACCCACUUUGAUGGGUACGAGUUGUUGGCCGUGCCUUCAGAAUCGCCGGCAUCCAUUGUCGUCCUAGACUCGUCGGCGCUGGUGCUGGUUCAACGCGUUCUGCUACCGGAGGGAGACGCUGCGCCUCGAGCCCUGACCUGGCAGCCCGGGGGAGCGAGCACCGGCUGCAGCUCGGGAGCUUUGUCCUGUAUAGUGUCCACCAGAGCAUGCAGCUGCUUGUGUUUUGUAGCCAUAGUCCGACUCCCUCCCCCCUCUCCUUCUAACCCAGCAGGGAGGGGCCCUGAACUUGCGGUGUUCACCCCCGAUGGGGUGUACCUCUCAAGCAGAGUUCGCUACAGCUGGUCGUGCGCCGCUCGCGUGCCCCUUUCCCCGUUGCACAAGGGCGGCGGGAGCGAUCGGAUUCUGCUGUCAUGGUCUUGCCGGGGGCCUCUUGUGGUCGCUGAUCAGGCGAUCAGCGUCUGGAGCAACAACCCCGCGGUUCCCAGCGCCAACGCCAACACCUUCUCCUCCGACGAGUCCGACAGCAGCGACUGCGGCGGCAGCAGCGACGACGAAGGCGAUUCAGAGCCUAAAAAACAGGCGCCGUCGUCGUCGUCCUCGUCUCCCUUCGGGCCUCGAUCCGUCUACCGCAACUCCCUCCGGCUCUCUCGAAAGUGGGUGCGAAAGGGAGGCGUGUCCUCUGACCGCCGCCUGCACCCCCCCCCCGGCUUCGUCGCCCUCGCCACCUCCCCCUGUGGAUGCAUGUUCGCGGCUGCCUACAAGGGCACCGAUGAGGUCACGAUCUGGCUCCGCAGAAGAAGCAUGCCGGGGUACGGCAAGCCCUGGGGGGCGGACGACCGCGGCGAUGCCAGGAACGGUUCCGCCGCCCCGGUUGCGGGGCUGAGGGCGGAGGGCGCGGAGGACGCGACCGAAGACGAUGGUGCGUGGAACUUUCAGCCCGCUACAGUGCUGAACAACGACGGACCGUUGGUGCAGGUGGUGUGGGGUCGCGGGCCCGGCGCCCAGCAGGACUACUUGCUCACUCUCGGCGAGAACGGAAGGCUCAAGUCGGUGGGCUUCGUCAAGUGGGCGUACUUCGGCAGCCACAGCAGACAUCUCGUUCGCGACAAGGGUGCGGCCGCGGGGGGAUCGGCGUACCACCUGCUGCACCAGCAGGACCAGGCGGCGGAAGAGGGAGUCAGGCCUUACCGCAGCGACAACUGGAUCGUGGGUUGCGGCGACGAUGGGAGGUGGGAAAGUGGCCCCGGGGUAUCAUUGGACUCCCGCAGGGUGUGGCUAGCGCGUUUUCUUUGGCGGCUGAAGGACAUGCCGCUGCCCGACGGCCGCACAGUUCCGGAGCCGGUGGAGGUGGCGUCGCUCCCGUUCAGCUGGCUGGUCGGUGUUUCCCACAGCGCCGCAACCGCCGCUGCGGCCGCCGCCGCCGCCGCCUCGAAGGAGUGGUCGGCCGCCGCCGCGCCUCUCGUAAGCGCCGUGGGGUACUACGACGCCCAGGGAGCUGACGGGGCUCCUGCUGAGGUCCAGGUCGUGGCGCCGGCGGCGGGGGGCACGAUAGCCGUCAUCACGGCGAGGGUCCACCGUGCCGACUCGAGGAGUAGGUACGUGUUCCGCAACACGCGCUCAGUGGCGCUGCCCAUGGGCCAGGUGGCAGGGGUACCGGACCCGCCGCAGGAGGCCGGGAGUGGGGCUGGGAAGAGGCCCAAGGUUGUUGGGCUAGCCGGCACCGAAGCGGUCUGUCACCCGAACCUCCCGCUCCUGGCGAGGUUGGAGGGUGGCGGCUGCGCGGUGGAGGUGCAUAGCUGGGUUAACGGCGGGAGCCACCUCCAGUGCAUACCUUGCAAGCCGCGGGGGGGGGACGGGGGCAGGCCGCAGCCGGGGCACACCGCUGGGGCGGAGCCGGGGAACGCCGACAAGAAGGUCGUUAUCGUUAGCCGCAGCGACUCGGGUUGUUGUGAUAGCUCGGACGGCAGCGGCGACGCCAAGGGCAGGUUCGCGCUCGUCUUGGGCGAGCUGGCCCACAAGGUCAGGUCCGGCGACGAGCUGUCCUUCGUGCCGUACGCCCUUCCUACCGUGACCCUUGCGUGCCGCUCGAUGGACGGGAGCACCGGCGGCGGCGAUUCCAGUCCUGACGCCUGCGGCGGCAGCGGCAGGGCCGCAAUCGAGCACGCGAUGUGGAUGUCGGACUGGGUAGGCGCGGAAGCCUUGCCCCCGGCCCUAGCCGUGAUCGACGGGGAGAAACGCCUCCACGUCUUCGAGCUCGACGACGGGGUCUCCUCCUCCGGCGAAAUCCUCGACGCCAACGGCGGCGGCGGCGGCGGUGGCGGCGGGAGCGCCGGGGACGGCUUGAGCAGCCUCGCCGGCAUGCCUGGGAAGCGGACGCCUACGAAGUCGUCGACGGGCUCACUGGCGUCGCUGUCGAACGCCUCGAGGGACCUCCACAUGAAGGACCUGGUCGGGCAGGACGGCAAGGAGCGGCCGCCGUCACCGCAGGAGCGGACGAGUAGGCGGGCUCGGGUAGACUUCGGCGGGCCCGCGGUAAGGGACGACAGGCCUCCCGUCGAGAAGACGGUCGUGCUUCCGCUGGACUCCAAGUACGGGCUUGGGCUGACCUUGGCGUUCGAAGGGAGUCAGGGCAAGAAUUACAGCGUCUCGGGGUCGACACCUCCGCCUAUAAAGGUGAAGGUGUCGACCUUCGUCAGGCACCCGGACACUAGCGAGAUGCUCCCGGCCGAGGCUAGCGGGAGGAUGCGCCCGGGAGACGAGCUUGUGGACAUCAAUGGGCAUAGCGUUGAGGGUCUUAACGCGGAGGAAGCAACGGCGCUUAUUCGCCAGGCAAGGCGGGAAAGCAUGGAAGGCGGAGCGGUAUCCCUCGAGCUCACCUUCAGGGAAGCCGCACCGGCGGCGAAUGCAGCAAGGGUUCGGCGCCAUAGCUCCAAGAGCGGCAGCCCCAAGCCGCGGACGGGGUGGUACUCGAAGAAGUCCAGGGCGCGCGGGUCGGGUCGGGGGUCGGCCAGGGGCUCGACGGCCGCCGGCUGGGCAAGCACGGACGCCGACCAGCACGCCCUGCGCUGGCACCCGAUCGGCAGCGACGAGGUGCCGGCGUUCGAGACCUCCAAGAGCGGCAGCCCCAAGCCGCGGACGGGGUGGUACUCGAAGAAGGCCAGGGCGCGCGGGUCGGGUCGGGGGUCGGCCAGGGGCUCGACGGCCGCCGGCUGGGCAAGCACGGACGCCGACCAGCACGCCCUGCGCUGGCACCCGAUCGGCAGCGACGAGGUGCCGGCGUUCGAGACGUGCGUCUUGCUGCCGUGGCUGGGGAGUGGCGUGGCGGCGCUUGGGGGUGUCGGGCCGGGGGCGCCGAGCGGGGCUUUGCCGGGCGGCGGCAACCGGUGGACCGAGAUCGGAGUGUACCCGCCAGGGGACGAGAGGCGAGUGCGGGAGGCGCUACUCCUGGGGUUCCAGCCGGCGGAGAGCGGGGGCUACGUGGUUGCGUUGCUGGUGAAGGCGGCCCCCGGGGUGGGGGGGGUGUCGGUGGUGGAGCUGUGUCGAGCUCCGUUGGGGGCGGGGCAGCAGCCGGUGUCGCUCAACCUCGAGAAGACGCCUCCGGGCGUACAGGGGCGGGCGUCGGCCGAAGCGUUGUGCGAGGACGGGCGGGUUCGACGCUGGUGUAUCGCUCGAAGCCGAUAUUGCGGGGGUGAUGAGCAAGAAAAAAGUUUCGCCCUUAGCACGGUGGAUCUGUGCGACCCGUUCGGAGCGUCGUCGACGGGUGGGGUGGAGGACCCCGAUGACGGCGUCGGCGUUUCGAAGACGUCGUCUCCCGCUCGCUUGGUCGCGGUGGCUUCCCCUAACCUCCUGGCCGUCGCGAGAUCGGUCGAACGACCAUGGAAGCCGCAGCGUGCUCUUACGCCAGCGCGAUCGUUCCCGGAGAGCAGCGUCAGGUCGGAGGAGCUAGCGGCUGAAACUACGGAGCCCCCGGCGAGCGUAGAGGUGUGGUCGUGCUCCGAUACGCCGUACCCCCUUCGUCGGUUCAAGAAGGACGGGACGGUGGUUCUGCCCGGGAUCCAGGCGGUGGAGGGCAUGUGUUGGGUUUCGCCGGAGGCCGGCGACGACAGGGGAGCCGCGGUCAGCGGGCACUGCCUGUGCGUCUCCGUUGCAGGUUCCGUGACUGUCCUGGCCAGGGAGCGGCCGUCCCACGCUAUCUUGCCCGGUCUUGGGGGUGCCGGGGGCGAGGAGGGCUUGGUCUGGUCCCCGGUGUUUCGAGUGGCGAGCCCGUCUUCGCUGCUUGCCUGCAGGACCGCCGGCCUCCGCGACUUCUGCCAGGGACUCAUGGCGAAGUACCAACGCAACCUCGCCCUGACCCUUGUCCGCACCCGCGGCGUCAAACCGCUGCCGGCGGCGGCGGCGGCGGCGGCGGCGGCGGCCACAGACACGGUUGCCCAAGGGGGGCCGUACCCGGCGAUGGCUCGCACUAGUUCGUCUGGUCCUUCCCGGCCGCCGUCCCCCCUCCCACUAUUGCGGGACGAGAUGGCGGGCCUGAGGGGGGGCGCUACGCGGGAGGGUAGACACCUGGAGGACUGGCACCCGGAGAGCUUGGCCACCCUGUGGUGCACCAGUCUGGUGGCAGGUGGUGGGUGUGCGAAGGAGGGGCGCCGGUGGGAGAAGGGGCGCGAGCGGACCCUGUCUGUCCUGCGGUGGGUCUCGAAGGACGCCCAGGGGUCGGAGAGCGGCGUAGUGGCCGGGGCGGUGGUGCCGCUGCUGGCGCACGGUGGCGGAGGAGGAGGAGGAGGAGGAGGAGGAGGCGAUGAUGCGUCGAAAGGCGACGACCACCUGGCGAGGCUGAAGGCUUGCCUCGUCUCCUACCUGAGCUGCCGCUUGGAGGAAGAGAACGCUGUUACCGACGGACGGGGGUCCCCGGUGGCCGGGAGCAACGGCGGUGGCUUCACGUCUGCCGCCGCUGCUGCCGUUCGCCGUCUUCGGCACUCGGUCAAGAGCCCCGCCGCCGCCGGCGGGCCCAUACCGGCGAGCGCCCGCGACGUCGCCGCCGCCGCCGCCGCGGCCGGGGUCCCCCGCCGCCUGCUGAGCCUCUCGGGCGCUGAGCUGUCUGCCCUGUUCGCGUUGCUCGACGUCGCUCUCGGCCAGGCCGACGCCAGCGGGCCUUCUCCUGCGGUGGCCCCAUCCGCCGCAAGGCCAGCCGCGGGGGACAACACCGCGGCCGCUCUUUUCUCGAAGGUGUCUUCGCCCUCGCCGUCAUCCUCGACCGAUAUCCCGGGCGUCAGGAGCGGCAGCACGAUGCCGCCGACGGCGGUGAUCGCGACGACUAACCACAUGGACGACUACGCCAACGUCUUCCUUCUGGCGCGGGGGCUGCGCCUGCGGCUCGGCGAGAGCGCCGGGGGCGGUAGCGAGGACGCCGCCGCCGCCGGCCUCGAAGCCGGGAUAGCUUCGUCGGCGGCGCUGGCCAUGCUGCUGGCGCCCAGCGGCACGCAGAAGGAAGUGCUGGAAGUUCUGUGCCCGAAGGCAGGCGGAGGGGUUGUGGCGGCGGUGGCGACGGGCCCGGGGCUGGCCUGGAGCGAUGCUUCGGCGAUGCUGUUGCCUCUUUGGGUGCGAGACGCGACGGAGCUGCAGAGGGUAGCGGAGUCCGUGGCGUCCGCUACGUUCCUACAGGACAGGGACCUCAUGGCGGCGAGAACACCGGCUGGAUGCUGGGCUGCCAUGUUUUUCGCGGCUCUCGGCAAGGAGAAGAAGCUUUUGGCCUUGGCCAAGGCGGACAGAGGUUUCGUCGGUCAGCGGAACCUCAGCGGGGGAGAGGGCGACAUCAACUCCACCAGCGGACGAUCUCAAGGCGCCACCCAGGGCCAGCGCCUAGAGAAGCUUCUCGCUCACGACUUCAGCUCCCCGCGGGGACGGUCAGCCGCGGAGAAGAACGCCUACGUACUCCUGCGGAAGAGGAAGUUCAAGUCGGCCGUGGCGGUGUUUCUUUUGCCAAGGCCCGCCAUGGUCAAGGAGGCGUUGCAGGUAAUCUUGAUGCACGUCAAAGACCUCCAGCUGGCGUUGCUGAUCGCUCGGCUAGUGGAGAUUCGCGACGGAGGUGGUGGAGCGGUAGCGUCCCCAAGAGCGAGCGGUUCUCUCGGCGGAUUCAGCGGUGUGAGUGGAUACGGCGGUGCCCCCGGCGGCGGGGGGGGCUUCGGCGGGGGCUUCGGUCGCGGGGGGGGCUUUGGUCGGGGUUUGAACGGCGGCGGUGGUAUUGGUGCUGGUGAGGGUGAUGACGCCGGAGGCAAUGCCGCCGCUGCGUACAAGUCUAUCGGGGGCGCCUCUAGGAAGCUGCUCCGGGACGAGUUGUUGCCGGUGUUUGAUGGCGAGACCGAGCAUGGGCCAACGCAGGGACAGCAGCGAUCAUCAUUCCGUCUCCAGCGCAACCCAUUCCUGGAGUGCGCCACCCUGUUCUGGCUGGGGCAGCCGGACCGAGCGCUUCGGGCGCUGUGCCGCGGCCUCGUCGCCUCUGGCCACCAAGACGGCUCCUACGCGGCCCCCGCGGGGGGGUUUUCCUCAACAGUGGCUGCGGACAAUUUGUCGGGUCUCGGCCUGUGCAACCGCGCCAUCGAUAUCGCGAUGAGGCCCUUCCUCGUGUCCAAGCUCCGCCAGAUCGAGAGCAGAGGUAAACCCGCUGGCGACAGGUCGACGGUAGCGGCGGCGGUGGCCGGCGGCGGUGGCGACUGGGCUGCGGGAGACCCCCUGAUCAACGCGCGGCGGGCCGCGGCCGUGCGCCUGGCCACGGCGGAGCACCUGGCCCGGAACGGGAUGGAAAUCUCGGCGCUGGAGGUGCUUGGGAGUGACGCCGGGGGGGGUUGGGCGGCGGAGCUCGCCGAGCGGCAGCUCGCUCGGCGGACCGGUCCCGAGAACGGGGCCGCGGGGGGCGACGGCGAUGUUGUGUCCGGCGGGGGAAGAGGUGCGGGGUUCAAAGCCCCGGGGACGCUGAUGAAGCCCCUGGCAGGCGCCUCCGCAGCGGCGGCGGAUUCCGGUGAGCUAUCGGGGGACAUGUUCGGAGGAUUCGAUGCUGCACCGCCCCGACAGAAGGCUGCUGCUUCGAACGCCGCCGCUGCUACGGUAGCGUCUGGCGAGCUCUCUAGUGACAUGUUCGGUGGGUUUGAUGCCGCGCCGCCCCGACGGAAGGCCGCUGCUUCGACCGCCGCUGCUACGGUAGCGUCUGGCGAGCUGUCGGGCGAUAUGUUUGGUGGUUUUGAUGCUGCACUUCCCCGACGGAAGGCUUCUCCCUCAACCGCGACUACUGCUACGGUAGCGUCUGGCGAGCUGUCUGGUGACAUGUUCGGUGGCUUUGAUGCUGCACCACCCCGACCGAAGGCUGCUACUCCUUCCACCGCCGCCGCUGCUACCGUAGCGUCUGGCGAGCUGUCUGGUGAUAUGUUCGGUGGAUUUGAUGCUGCACCACCCCGACGGAAGGCUUCUCCCUCAACCGCUGCUGCUGCUACGGUAGCGUCUGGCGAGCUGUCUGGUGAUAUGUUCGGUGGAUUUGAUGCUGCACCACCCCGACGGAAGGCUUCUCCCUCAACCGCUGCUGCUGCUACGGUAGCGUCUGGCGAGCUGUCUGGUGAUAUGUCCGGUGGGUUCGAUGCAGCGCCUCCCCGACCGAAAGUUUCUCCCCCAAGCGCCGCUUCUACGGUAGCGUCUGGCGAGCUGUCUGGUGAUAUGUUCGGUGGGUUCGAUGCAGCGCCUCUCCGACCGAAAGUUUCUCCCCCAAGCGCCGCUUCUACGGUAGCGUCUGGCGAGCUGUCUGGUGAUAUGUUCGGUGGGUUCGAUGCAGCGCCUCUCCGACCGAAAGUUUCUCCCCCAAGCGCCGCUUCUACGGUAGCGUCUGGCGAGCUGUCUGGUGAUAUGUUCGGUGGGUUCGAUGCAGCGCCUCUCCGACCGAAAGUUUCUCCCCCAAGCGCCGCUUCUACGGUAGCGUCUGGCGAGCUGUCUGGUGAUAUGUUCGGUGGGUUCGAUGCAGCGCCUCUCCGACCGAAAGUUUCUCCCCCAAGCGCCGCUUCUACAGUAGCGUCUGGCGAGCUGUCUGGUGAAAUGUUCGGUGGAUUUGAUGCUGCACCACCCCGACGGAAGGCUUCUCCCUCAGCCGCUGCUGCUGCUACGGUAGCGUCUGGCGAGCUGUCCGGUGACAUGUUCGGCGACUUCGACGGUCCAAAGAGGGGUGCCGCAGCAACCACUCCCCCCAAACCUCGGCUGUCGAGCCCGACCGCCGUCACCACGGGUGAGCUUUCGAGCGACCUGUUCGCCGCCUUCGACGCCUCCCCCCCUACAACGGCGUCGCCCCCGGCAGCAGGAGGAGGAGAAGGAGGAGUUGCCGGGGGACUUGCGCGGACGUCUCCGCGGUCCAGCAGCUACGGGUACUUCGAGGGGGAGGAGCCAAGCUGGGAAGAGUACGACAGGCACGUAGGACGGCAGCCUGGCGAUGUGGAAAGCGAACCGAGUGCGAAAGGAGGAGGGGAGCAAGACACCCCCCUCGAAGCUACUCCCAGCUCCUGGGGUGCACACCCUCAGCAGUGGGACGUCUGGGCAGAAGACCUCGCAUACGAGGCGGCGACCAAGCGACUCCUCCGAGAGCUCCGACACCUCUUGGGAGGCCUCGACGCGCUUGCCCCAACCGCGCCAAACAUGGCCGUCGCCCUAGAGUCUCUGGGGGCAGAGGGCACCGGGGCCGGCUCGAACGGCGGCGCCGCCGGCGCCGACGCCGGCAAGCCGCCGCCGGCGUUGCUAGAGAGCGUCCGCGCGGUGGCGGAGAGCCUGUGCGAGGCGCACGGUCUCUCGGCGGGCGCGCUUGCGGCGGCGGCGGCGGGCGCGCUCAGCCACGCGUCGGCGGGGGGAUCGAGGCGGCUCGGCGCGCUGUGCCUGCUGCUCGGCGCGCUGGGGCGGCCGGUGGCAGUGGACGCCGCCGUGUGCGCCGCGGCCGGCAGGCUGCUGCAGUGCUGCAACGCGCACGGUCAGGCGCAUUUGGAGGACCUCGGGCUCAGAGCGGCGCACGGGCGUGCCCUGGGGGCCGAGGCUAAGCUACUCGCGAGGGAAGAGGCGAGAGAGGCCCAAGACGCCGCCGCCUCCGGUUUAGACGCAACGAAUCUCCCCGAGAGCGCUAGGCCCGCUGCUGGUUCAUUCGUCACAGCGGCGCCCGCGGCGGAGGCGGAAGCGGCCGGCGGGCUUGGUCUGGAGAACCUGAGGCCGCACCUGUCGGAGCUGAGGGCGGCUGCGUUCCAGCUCGAGCUGUGCCUUGCGCUUCACGAGCGCGGGUGCUUGAGGCUGAGCUCGCGCGCCAGAGCUGAGGCGGCCAUGGGCUUCCGGGCUGGGUUGUUGGUUGAGACGUUGGGCCGGAGGUAUGACGUGACGGUGGCGUUGGUGGGUUGCCCGCCUGCUUCCCCGGAGGCAGACGAGCCCAGCCUUUUCGACUCUCACGAGUCCGAGGCCUUAUCCCCUGGCGGUGCCGGCGGCGGAAACCCCCCCGGCGGGUCGCGUACCUUCGAUGCCCCCACGGAGGAGAGAGAUCCCGCGGCGUCGACGGUGGUCGUGGGCGGAGGCGGAGGAGGAGACCCAAGACUGUCCGAAGACAGCGACGACGAGGGCGAGUUUCCCAUCGAGGAGGAGCGGGAGCACCUGGUCCGCCUGACCGACUCGCUGAGCCGAGGCGUCUGGCCGACCUACGCUCGGCUGGCGUGCGCGCUCAACCUCCUCGCCCUCCGGGCGACGCACGCCCAGCUGUGCCGCUCCCUCGCCGGGCUCAUCUGGGGAGACGGGUACCGCGCCCGGGCCCCGCUAACCGCCCGCGUCUGCGGGAUGGUGCCGUUCCACCCCGCCGGCGAGGGCGGGGUCGCCCUCGGCACGGAGCGCAAGGCGUGGGUGGGGGGCGGUGGCGGUAGCGGUAGCGGGGCCCUUGGAGAAGGCGGGGCCGGCGGCGGCCCGCCCUCGUCGACGUUCUACUCGGCGUUCUUGCACCCGCUAUACGUGUGGGCGCAGUGCUUGGACCGUCAGUUUUACGCGCAGGCCCACCGCCCGAGGGUCUCGCCGGCCCACCACCUCCUACCCAGGCACAGAGGGCGCGCCGGAUCCACCAACACUCGCCCAGCAGGGUCUGCCGCCGCGCCCCCCGCCCUCGUUUCUUCCCAGCGGGAGGCGACGGCGGCGAAGGAGGCGGGCAGCUAUGAGUCAGCCGCGGCCGCUGCGUCUCCAAGGGCUUCUCGAAGGGAGUGCUGCCCGUACCUCUUCCAGCGGGGAAUGGUGGUGUCGGAGGAGGGUGUACGGGGGGGUCAGGACCACCUCCGUAGCGAUGAGGCCUGGCCGGACGAAGACAGCGAGGAGAGGGUCGCCUACCAGCUCCUGAACGGCAUGCGGAGGCCCGACGGAUCUGCCCUCGCCAGCGUCCCCCUCCAUGCCGUGCGGGAGGGGGCCGGGGCCGACACCCAUUUCGUGGAGGCGUUCUACGCUUCGGACGCCAGGGACUGGCUGACGAGGUCACGGGUCGACCCCGCGGGUCCUGCCGCUGGGGACAGGGUGCGGAAGUGGGAGAGCAUGGGCAUCGUGCAGAGGGUCACGAAGGCGGAGCGGGGGGGAAGCCAGAUCCACUUAAGGGGCGGACGGCAUCACGGAGACGCCCUCUUGCGAUUCGUAGACAGGUGGGACGUGGAGCACUGCGGCGAAUCCGCGGGGGCCGCCCUCCGCGCCGGGCCCCUCGGACGCGUGUCCUACCAGCUCGUGCCGGGGGGAGGGUCGGCGCCAGGCCGCGGCACGCUCCACGGAGAGCUGCUCUACGCUAUCGGCGAGGAGGCAGCGGCGGAGCUCUGGACUAGGCUCGGGGCGGAGGAUUGGCUAGUCAGGACGGUUGCGAGGGCGGAGUUCCCCUUCUCCUACCGCCACCAGCUUGCCGAGUUGGCCUUCCAUCGCGGCUCGCAUGUGGCGGCGGCGGCGGCGGCGGACACAGCGGUCACCAGCGCAGCAGCGGCGCUGACGCCAGCUGCGGCGGCCGCGGCCGCGGCCGACUUGCCGUGCUCCCUGCACGACGGCAACCGGCGGCCGGAGCGAGACGCCUACUGCCUCUGCGUGUUCGAGCACCUUUGUCGGAAUGCCCUGUUCCGCCGCCUGCGACUACCGCACCGCUUCCAAGCCCUGGUCAGCGUCCAGCUCCUCGGUCUCAAGAACCUGAGCCCGCACUACCAUCCCGCUAAGACGGACGUCUUCGCCGCGGUAAGCCUCAAGCGCCUCGACAUGACGGCGGCCGGCAGCAACGGCAACGGCAACUACGCCGCCGCCGCUGCCGCCGGCCACAGCGGCGGCGAGGCGGCGGCGAAGCGUCGCGGCCGCAACACGUCGGUGACCGCGAUAAAGCGGCUGCUGCCGACGGCGAACGGGCAGGAGAACCAACAGUCCCGCUGGGGCGCCAAGGCGGCGUUUCGGUUCCCGCUGCCGGAGGAGGCGUCGCCGUUCGUGCUGGCCUACGGGGACGGGGCCUACGAGCUCGUCAUGGGCGGCACCGGGAAGGGGGGGAUGGGGAGCCAGGGCCCGCCUAGGUGCGUGCGGAUAGCGGUGUGGCGGAAGCAGUUCCUGGCGGACCAGCGGCUGGGGGAGGUGGACGUCCCGCUCGGGAAGCUGGACGAUCGCGGGGACAUCGACGAGUGGGUGGCGCUUCGAGGGGACAAGGGGUCUUCAUGGUUCGUGAACGUUCGGUUCAGCUUACGGUUCGUGAUGGUGAGCGUUUCAGACCCCGUCCCAGACCAGGAACACUCGGAAGACUUGGCGGCGGUAGCCGUGGAAGAGGAGAACCCGGGGAUGACUCUGUCUUACGCUCUCGCGGACGUCGACAUCAUGUAGAAGAAGCGGCGUCAUCAAGUGAUGUCGUCGACAUCAUGUACUUGUAGAGUCGACAGUCGACGUCGUCGAGUGGCAUUGUCGUGGUAGUAACGUGCGUCCCGCGGCCUCAGAAGAAGAAACGCCUCCCACCCACGGUCGUUGCGACGCACGUCCGCUGAGGAUCAUACAGGGACAGGCUCUCUCUCCCUGUUCCCGGUCUUUUGGACCAUCGAACGCGCGUUGUACCCCUUUCGAGGGUGCGCGUGUGACACUCCCGAUACGGAGUUGUGUGAUAGAGAUUGCCGGAGAGCGGCGGGGGGGGGGCGGCGUUGGCAAUCAAAAGGGUAGGUUAAUGAUGCUCUGUAAUGAAAAUAUGGUAUGUAUGAAGGUUUUGUGCAGUGACACACGGUUUUCGUGUUUUUUUGCCUCUGGAGAAGACAGAGGGAGGGGAGCGGUUUUAGUGUUGGAGAUAAUUGAAGCCGCGCAGUUUUGCGCUUGAAGGUCAUUUUUUGGUCGCCAUGGUGUGAAGUUUUUGUGCUUUGAUACUCGAACGCUAUUCGCCGUCUGGAGUAAUGCGCCGCAACAGCAGAGCUGGCUCGUAGACGCGGUACAAGCGCUCUCCUCCCGUAAGGGCAGAGGGAAUAGAUCCACGUCGAGUUUGCCGACGAGUCGAUCUUGUCCUCGCGGCUCCUCAAGUAAAGUGUCCAAUUUUUGCGUCG